CUGAAAGCCGCGCAUUCGCCCGAGGCCCGAGCGAGCGUGGCGAGCCGUCCUCUGCGUCCAUUCAGAUUCGGACGCCUCCGCCAGAUAAUAGUGUAGUAUCGCGCGCGUUACGGCACACGCGCGAGUUCUUCCGCAUUUACAACCGACAACAAAGGGGGACCCGGUCCCGCGGCGGCAGAGCGGCAAGGAGGUGCCCACCGUCGUCGUCGUCGUCGUCGUCGCACCCAUGGCAGACCAUGAAGUCGUCGAGGCGAAAAGCAGCUGGAUUUGGGGAUGGUUUAGCUGGUCUGGAUCAUCCUCGACUAUGUUACGUUCGGCGGAGAAGAAGAUUCUGUCGUGCUUGAAAACAGCGUAUCGCGGAUGGUUCGUCGACAUCGGGCCGGUCGUGGGUCCGGCGGACAAGAUAUGGACCAUUUCGUUGAACGAGGAAUCGCCGAAGGUGCCCAUCGUUUUGCUACACGGCUUGGGAGCUGGUGUAGCAUUGUGGUGUUUGAAUCUGGAUGCGCUUGCAUCCCAGAGACCGGUGUACGCCAUAGACCUGUUAGGAUUCGGCAGGAGUAGCAGACCCGUUUUUAGCAAUGAAGCGCAAAAAGCUGAGGAGCAGUUGGUACGUUCUGUGGAGGAGUGGAGAAGAGAGAUGCAGCUGGAGAAUUUUGUAUUGCUGGGCCACUCAAUGGGUGGCUUUCUUGCGGCAUCUUACGCUAUGCAAUAUCCUGAAAGAGUGAAACACCUCAUACUGGCCGAUCCAUGGGGCUUUCCCGAGAAGCCACCCGAUUCCGUUGCGAAGACAACGAACGUACCGUUCUGGGUUAAAGCCAUAGCGUUUGCGGUACGGCCUUUGAAUCCUUUGUGGGCAGUUAGAGUUGCUGGACCAUUUGGACAGUGGCUCAUUGAGAAGACGAGACCUGAUAUCGUGAAGAAGUUUACUCCCCUAUUGAAGGAUGAUACCCCUAUAAUUUCGCAAUAUAUACAUCAAUGCAACGUGCAGACACCUUCAGGCGAGAGCGCGUUUCACGCGAUGAUGCAAGGCUUCGGAUGGGCAAAAAAUCCAAUUGUUAAACGAAUGGACAAAUUAAACGAUGAUAUACCUAUAACAUUGCUUUAUGGCAGUAGAUCAUGGGUUGACAAUUCAGCUGGUGAAACGAUUAAACAGUAUCGAUCUUCGUCGUAUGUUAAUGUUCAGGUGAUUACUGGAGCUGGUCAUCAUGUUUACGCGGACAAAAGUGAAACCUUUAACAAAUAUGUACUGGAAGCAUGCGCUUUAAGUGAUUCGAUACCUCACUUAACAUCGUCAAAUUUACGUUCCUCUGUUAAACCCAUAAACGAUCAAGAGAUAGAUGUCAUAGUAAAUUCACCCAAUGAAGCGCUCGAAGACCGAGGGUCAGAGGAAAAAAACCUGAAUACGUCAGGAUCAUCGACAGAAUCAAAAAUUUAAUUAAAAUUUAGCGUGGAAUAUUCUCAUGAAAAGGGACAUUCCGGUUCUGCUACCUGGUACAAAGAAACAUAUAGUAAGCAUAAGUAUAUUGUGAUGGAAGAACGCGUGUGCGAGAUAUAUUCAACAUACGAAUGUAUGUUCAUGGCGUGACACAUAUGAGCUUUAUGUAAUUUAUAAAAUGUAAUAACGUAAAGGAGCGCAAACUGACGGACGUUGGUCGCGUGCUGAUUGACCGUAGAUAUAUUAAGAUAUGUGUAUAUUAAGAUUGCGCGACAAAAUCGUUAAUAUAUUCCAUUUUUAAUUUUAUGGAAAUUAUGACAAUGUAUUACUGCAAAUGCGCGAAAGUGUUAGAAGAAUAGUGAUCUUGUCAUAAGAUAUCAUUUUUAAUCGUUGAUUAAAUGCAAUCGGUUAAAAGUCUGCAUGUAAAGCAUGCCGUAAGAAAUUUAUAUAAGUCGAAAGGAAUCAAAUGCUUGUGAGGUGUAAAUAACUAUAAUGGAAGUUUGUGUACAUUGUGUACAGUCUUAGCUUUACUAACACAGGCCAUAGUAGUGUCUAGUGAAGAGUGAGAAUUCUUAUUGUUAUUGUUAUUAAUUGUAUUAUCGCACAGCAAGAUUUUAUGUAUAUUGUACAAUACAAUUUAUUAUUAAUAAAUUAUUUAUUGUACACACAUGUACAGACAGUCGA